CUGGACUCUGGACUUCCUUACCAACAGACCCCAGUCUGUCAGGUUAGAAAACCUCACCUCCUCCACUCUGACCCUGAAUGCUUGUGUACCACAAGGCUGUGUGCUGAGCCCUCUCCUGAACAUCCUCAUCCCCCACGACUGUGUUCCUGUACACUGUUCCAACUCUAUCGUCAAGUUCACAGGUUCCAGUGAUAUAGGUGACAACAGUCCAGAUGUCUCCAUGCUGUUGGCUUGCUCUGUUGGCUCUUGUCUCUCCAACUCUGGCCACCAACCCUGGAGUCAAGCUGAAACUCACAGAGAAGGCCAUUGAAUAUGGCAAGCAGAUUGGGAUUGCAACUCUACAGCAGAAACUUAAGACUAUUCAAAUACCAGACAUUGCUGGCACAGAGAAGGUGUCUCCGAUUGGCAAGGUCAAGUACAGUUUAACAGAAAUGAAAAUAGUGAAUCUGGGACUGCCCAAGUCUGAUUUGACACUUGUGCCAGGUACUGGAAUCAGCUUGUCCAUUACUAAUGCCUUCAUCAACCUGCAUGGGAACUGGAGGGUCCGAUACCUCCAUGUCAUAAAGGACAGUGGCUCCUUCGACCUGGCGGUGAGUGGACUGACAGUCACUGACAGUCUUUCCAUCCUAAGUGAUGAGACUGGCAGGCCAACAGUCAGAGGUGUCAACUGUGAGGCUAUUGUAGGCAGUGCCAGUGUCAAGUUCCAUGGUGGAGCCAGUUGGCUUUACAACCUCUUUAGUUCCUUCAUUGACAAGGCCCUGCGCAGUGCUAUGCAGAAACAGAUUUGUCCUCUAGUGGCUGAUGCAAUAAAUGACAUGAAUCAACACCUCAAAACUCUCAAUGUUCUAGCCAAAGUUGACAACCAUGCUGAAAUUGAAUAUUCCAUGGUGACACCUCCCAGCAUUUCGAAAUCCUCCAUUGAUUUGAACCUGAAGGGUGAGUUCUACAACAUCGGGAAGCACCAAGAGCCCCCGUUCUCCCCCACGCCCUUCUCCCUGCCUCCUCAGAUCAACAACAUGCUCUACAUUGGGGUCUCCGCAUUCACCGCCAACACGGCAGGCUUUGUGUACAACAAUGCUGGAGUACUUGGCCUCCGUAUCACUGAUGAUAUGAUCCCUCCAAGUUCUCCCAUCAGGCUUAACACCAGAACGCUUGGAACCUUCGUACCAGAGAUUUCCAAGCGCUUCCCUGGCCUGAUGGUGGAGCUGCUGGUUCAGACAGUGAAGGAGCCCACUAUCUCCUUCCAGCCCAAUAAUGUGACUGUCCAGGCCAGCUGCACCAUGACGGCCUACGCCGUUCAGACCAACAGCACUUUGACCCCUCUCUUCAUCCUCAACAUGGAGGGUAGUGUCAGCGCUCGACUGUUCGUAGCCGGGGUCAUGCUGGCUGGUGCAAUUACUCUGAACAAGUUUGAGAUUACUCUUGGUACUAGUUAUGUGGGACCGUUUCAGGUUCAAUCUCUUGACAAUAUCUUCCGGAUCGUUCUGAAAGAUGUCGUCAUACCACAGAUCAACGUUCGUCUAGAGAAGGGUUUUCCCCUUCCUACUAUAGGAAAGAUGGAACUUAUCAACACUGAGCUGCAAGUUCUGAAGGGCUACAUGCUAAUUGGGACAGAUGUUAAGUUCACAUGAUAAGGGCCAUUUAAAUUCUACCGCAAGUCAUCAUCAGUCAAUGAUCAGACGUCAAAUCCACAAUCAAAUCCCAAUGAGACAUUUCAUUAUUUGUGUAAAUAAAAGAGUAUUAUGCAAAUAAAGUUAAAAUCCACUCCGUUCCUAAAAGCUUACAUAUCUUCAAAGCUCUAUUUUCAAUUCUCUUCCAUCCAGUUAUUUCAUUUCAUAUUUUCAUGUUUAAUCAAUAAAGGAGGUUUUUAAUUUGA